AUGGCCUCCAUGCAAAUUCCAGAAAACUUUACUGCGAUUAUUCCCGGCUUAAGGUUUCGUCCAAGUGAUGAUGAAUUAAUUGGUUAUUACCUGCACCGCAAGAUUUUUGGUUGUUUGCCAUUGCCCUGUAAUAUCAUUGUCAAAGUUUGCGAUCUUUAUGGUUCACAAGAACCUUGGGAGAUAUGGGAAUUUUAUAAAAGAAACUUUGAUGACAAUGAAGAUCUUUACUUUUUUACUGCAUUGAAGAAGAAGUCUAGUAUGAGCAAUCGUAUUUCUAGGAAAAUUGGUUCAGGUUCUUGGAUGAGUGAGGAUGCAGCAACAGAAAUUCGAACUGAUGGUAAGGUGAUUGGGUGCAAAAAAAGAUAUAGAUAUGAAAAGAAAGGGUCUGAACAUGAUGGAGGUUGGAUAAUGCAUGAAUAUUCUUUAUUGGGUCAUGGUAAGUAUGUACUUUGUCGAAUUCAAAAGAAUGAUAGACUAGCUAAGAAAAGAGGUUGGGCAAAAAAGACCCACGUCAAUAUGAAGACCCUCCUAAUAGUAGUAGGGAAGAUUUAA